CACUUGCCGUCAUUUUUUCAAAAACGUUUCCAUGAGAUACGCAACCAUUUUAAAUGUUCAUCCCAGAGUAUUUUCCCGAGAGCAACAUCAAACGUCGUGAAAGAUCACGCUCCCUUUUUGCUAAUUAUAGUUGCAAAUUUCGCAAGCACCGUCGUGAUAUUCGAUAUGUACAGUAGAGCAAGAAAAGUUAUCCUCAUAGUUAGUAUGUAUUUCAAUUGAAAAAAAUACGCGCAAUCAUGCUUGCGAUUGUGUUCAAAAAACAAUUAAAUUUAACAAGGGUGUUAUAUGAACGGUAGAGGGAUUUAUCGAAAUUUAUCAAAAAAAAAGUGGUGCAUUAGCCUUGCGAUUUCGAAAUAAUCACACGUCUGCCACAAAUGAAUUCUACGUAGUUCCCUGGAUUCUUAUGUGGAAGACUUAUUAGUUCAAACUAGGCAACUCAGUGAAACUCGCGCACGUCGCAAACACAUCUUAAGCAUUUAUUGUAAUUCGAUCUUAUCAAAAUGUGGAUUCGCAUUUUCAUCGUUUUGGGAUUCAUCGCAGUCUCGACUAUGGAAAAAAGGCUAGAUCUAUCAUCGCAUUCACUCACUAAAGAAAAAUUCUUUUUGGAACUUCAAGCUCACAUUAAUCUACAUGAAGUAACUGAUCUGAUUCUACACAACAAUAACUUUGACAGUUUUCUCGACUGCUCUGCGAAUCUCGAUGCGCUUAGAACGCUAGACUUGUCAUAUAAUCACCUUCAAAGAUUCUUUUUCCUUUGCAAGGAAGAAUACAAUUUGAUAGUACUAAAUGUGAGUCAUAAUCAUCUGGAAUAUAUCAGUGAAGAUUCAUUAAAUCAUCGCAUACCUAAUCUUCAAGUAUUAGAUCUCUCUUGGAAUAGACUUACAGGAGUGAACGAAACGAUGCUGGAACAUAUGCAGAAAUUAAAUAACUUAUCAAUGGCAAGUAAUCCCAUAGGAAACGGUAUACACGAGAACGCAUUUUCAAACUUAAGUUUACUGACGCAUUUGAAUUUGGAAAAUAUCUCUGCUAAUUACUUUCCCGAUUCGCUCUUUCAACCCUUAUCGAGCCUACUCAAUCUAAAUAUCUCUUAUAACCCUAUCGAAACGAUUCCUGCUUUACCGACAAGCCUCGAAUCCCUCGAUAUUUCUGGUACGAAUAUCUUCUAUGUAGGGAAUGUAAUAUUACCGAAUUUAUUAGAGUUAUAUAUGAACGAUAUGCCAAACGUAACAUCAGUGGCUUUAAAUGAUUUUGAAAAUUUCACGAAACUUAAUGUCUUAUCGAUAUCAAGAUGCAAGAAUUUAGUACAAUUACGUGUAUGGCCACCAAGAAAUGAUUUGCUACCGCAUCUAUCCGAGUUGUCGGUCGAGAAUGACUCCCUGAACACCAUUGAUGUUUACCUUCAGCCAAUAAUGCAGAGAACGCACAUAGUGCGACUGGGUGGUAACCCUUGGACAUGCGAUUGCAAUAUGCAAUGGGUUUUGUCACUGAACAACACAAACAAUCCAAGUAGCGAGAUAAGAUGCAGCUCUCCAAAAGUGCAUGAGAACAAACAGUUAAGCAGCAUCCCAUCACACGAGCUGCAAUGCGAAUUUCUAUCGAGCGACCUGUAUCUAGCUCUAUGGGCCUGCGUCCUGGUACUAAUCCUAGCUGGCAUCCUGGCCACCGUGUUCUUCGUAGCAAGAGGACCUCUAACUCAAUGGCUGCUACGAAGAAAAAGACGAGAUACAGUAACGUACACAAACGUCAUGGAGUCAACAGACAAUCUGGUUAGAAUAUUAGCCGACGAUGAAUCACGCGAUGGAUUUUAAUAAUGACCACUGAAUUAAACAUUCGAGAAAUACUUAUAUGAAAUCAGCAUUGAAAUAAUCGGAAAAAAAGGAAAAACAAUUGCCACCCAUUGUAAAGAAUACACGAACAACCGUAAGUCCCUUCGCCACGCCAUCUUUCCUACGUGAAAAAAGAUGUCAGAAACUUCAAUUCGUAUUGAAACCUUUUCCGCUACCUUCACUUUAACAAAGUCGAACUUUUGUACAAUUGAUACAAACACGUGUACAUACAGGACUCGAGUAUCUCUCGAAAGAGAAGUGAGGCGCGAAUAAUUUGAAAUAGAAUAUAAACGUCCUCGAGCAAGAUGAAUUAGGUUUAUUAGGUGGCGGCACGUCACUGUUGCGAAUAGAAGGGUAAACGUUGAGUGAACGUGUGUGCAUUCGCGUACGGCACGUAACAUUCCUAUCGAGGAAUACCUGCUCUCGACCAUACCAAGUGCUAUUCACGGUAUCUCCACAAUGCGGCGCCUUCUGUUUUCGAAUAAAGUUUCUUCUUACCGUGUUACUAGCCUCCGUUGGAAAAACCCCUUUUGCCGUCGUCCUUGAGUGCACGCUGGAUGUAAAGAACUUCUGCACAGCAUAAAGAACCGGGAUGCCUGAUUGCCUCUGAAUGGAAUGCGGGAUUCCAUCUUCCUUUUUUUACCUCCGACUCUCUUUCGAAAAGAAAGAUGGCGCCGCUGAGGGUCUUCGAUGGGCUAGUUACCGACCCCUGGAUGAGUGGUUACGUUCGACUCGUUGAAUGAGAUAAUAAUGAGAAAUCUAUGAGUACCUAGAUUUCAAAGAAGGCCAUAUGCUUUCGAUAUAAAAGUAUCGACUAGACUGUUUCAUAAGUCGCAAGAUUUAACAUAAAGGCUGUGUUAUACUUUGGCUCAAUUUAUCGUGCAUUAUACAUAGUAUCGAAAUAUAUUUGAAAUGAAAUUUUUCGAAACGCUUCGCCAUGACGAAAUUUUUUAAUAGACCAUUUAUAUGUAUAGAAUUGUUAAAGAUAUUGUUCAAUAAUUAAAAAAAACGUACCAUUGAUAAUAUGAAAUA